AUGUUCAAGAAGCGCGUAUCUCUUAAAUAUGGCGGCUUCCAGCUCUCAAGCUCAUCUACUGCGGUCUCGCCACUCCGUCAUCUCAGGAUUAACCAUCCAGCCCAUGGCCCUAGAGCACCACAUGCUGGUCGGAACUAUGCAACCACAUCGAAUCCCCCAGAGCAUGAGUAUUCAUGGCCAGGGGCUCCUUCAUUUUCCCCAUAUGAAGUCUUGAAUUUGGAUCAUGCGGCUCCAUAUUCCAAGAACAUUUUUUACGACCUCGUGAAGAUUUACCAUCCAGAUCGACCUUGUAAUGAGCAUCGUCUUUGUCGAGGCCUAUCACCUGAAGUUCGCCUUAAGCGAUACCAUAUUGUCGUAGCAGCACAUGAACUUCUUUCCGAUCCCAAUAAGCGAGCUGCAUAUGACCAGUUCGGCGCUGGAUGGAACUACGGGCCGAAACGACAUAACACCGCAGCUGGAGCAUCUGCAGAAUGGGGACCAUAUGGGCCAACGAUCUAUGCAAACGCUACGUGGGAAGACUGGGAGCGGUGGAAUAACCGACACGAGAAGCAGCAGCACGUCGUUGAUCACCGCACUUUUACACGACUUGUGAUUCUUCUGGUUUUGUUUGGAGGCGCUCUCCAGGCAUCGUGGAUCUCGCAGCAACAAACUGGUUAUGAAGAGCGACUUCGCGAGGUUAGCCAAGAAUCGUCGCGGUUCCUGUCCGGUCGUCGGAAACAUACUGUUGAUCAGAUGCCUUCCAAUGAUGCUCGCGUGCAGAGUUUCCUCGUCCGGAGAGAUCCGACAGGAGCAGGUCUCAAAGAGGAGGAACAGCCUGUUUACCAGAGAGAACUUCAUCCCCGCCGUCAAGAGCCUGAAGGUGACGCGAAAUUCACAUCCCAGAGCGGAAGGAGUCCUACAGGAAAUGGCCUAAAACUGAGUGACCCGAGUUCGGAAGGUGUCCAUGAGGACGUUUGA